AUGGGCUCAGCCAAGAGCAUACCAGUCACUCCAGCGCGGCCUCCGCCGCACAACAAGCUUCUGUCUUGAGUGGCGGACCCGCGUUCACCUAGUGCCGGCAUCGUGCGCACUCCCAUCCAGGUGGAGAGCUCUCCACAGCCAAACCUAGCAGCAGAGGAACAGCUGAAGGAUCCUAAUCAGGCCCAGGAUUCAGAUCCCCGCUCUCCUACCCUUGGCAUUACACGGACACCUAUGAAGACCAACAACGGAGAGCUUGCAUCCCCACUGGAGAAACAGCUGAGUGAAGUAUUUGAGACCGAAGCCCCCAAAUCAAAUCUUCCCCCAGAGCCUGCUCUGCCCCUAGAGGCACUUUAAUCUUCUGAGUUGGACUUGCCUCUGGGUACCCAGUUUUCCCUUGAGGACCAGAUGCCACAUGGGAGCCAGACUGAGCUCCCCUCAAAGCAGGUGUCUUCUGAGGAAGAAACAGGACAGCCUUCAGAAACCCUUAUGGCCAGCCAGGGCUCAGACAAGCCCGUGAGAGACCCUGAGAUGCCCAGAUCUUCAGGUUCUAAGUGCAAUAGACGGAAACCAAAAGGCAAGGUACUAGGGAGAUCUCCCCUCACCAUCCUGCAGGAUGACAACUCCCCUGGGACUCUGACACCACGACAGGGUAAGAGGCCUUCUCCUCUGAGUGAAAAUGUUAGAGAACUAAAAGAAGGAGCCAUUCUGGGAACUGGACGACUUCUGAGAACUGGAGGACAAGCGUGGGAGCAAGGCCAAGACUGUGACAAGGGAAAUCAACACUUUGCCUUCGUAGAGAACUAG